CGUCUGACAUGUCCACAACCACCGGUCGCGUGUGAUCGACAGGUGCGGUCGGCCACACGUUCUGGUCGCGAUUAGCUCGUAGGAAUCCAGAACCGGUGGAAGCGUUCUACUCGAUUUCAAUGCCAACGCUCGACCAACGGCCUUGCAGCGAGACGCAGGAGCUGCCGCAGUCGGAGCCGACGUUGUUCCGUUCCGAUCCGCCGGCGGCUUUUGCUCAGGCAAAACGUCGAUUCACUUGCGACAAGACAAGCCUUCCGACAUCUCGUUGCUCGCCGCCGUAGGCCAUGGGUAUUGCCUUUUGAUUGAUGGCCCCUCGAGUCAUGUCGUCUGCCUUUGCCAUCUUGGCCGCCUUUUCGCUGUCCUAAGCCUCGCUGGCUGAUCUUUGCUUUGCAAUUCUUUCCGCUGCUUUCUCGCCCCGAUCCCGACGCUCCUCAUGGCUGCGGCCGAUCCGCCUUCGGGCUUGAUGGAGAUUGCUAGCUCCCUCACGCAGGAGGAAAUCCCGUUCAAAUUGCGAUGCGCGAUUUGUAACAAGCUCGCCGUGAAUGCGUUUCGCUUGCCGUGCUGUGACCAGGCCAUCUGCGAAGGCUGCCAAGCAUCGCUUCCCGAAACAUGCCCCGUCUGCGCGCAUACGCCUCUUUCCUCCGACCUCUGCAAGCCGAACAAAGCCCUCCGCACCACCCUCAAGGCCUUCCUGCGCACCGAAGAAAAGAAGCGCGAGAAAGAGCGACAGUCCGCCACGCCGGCGGUCGCCAAUGGCGCGACCCCUCUGGAAGGAACCCCCGCGCAGCCAGAUGCGCCAGCCCCUCCCGAUGGCUCCGAGGAGAAUGCCCCCGAGGAGCAGCCCCAAUCCUUGCCUGUGACCGACGGUCUUCCGGAUCAGCCCCCCAUCGAAGCUCAUGCCGUGGAGAAUCAACCCCAUCAUGCGGAGCCCGGACAAGAAGGCCCCGAGGAGACUCCAGCUCAGGGCGAUCAUCCCGAAGCGUUGCCUGCCGAUACCGCUGACCAGGCUGAUGAUGCACCACAGGGCGAACCGGCCGAAGGUGAGGGAAAUGCCGAGAACGCGGUCCAAUCCGUGGAACAAGAAGUAUCCCAGGAUCAAGGACCGAACCCGAUGGCCUCCAACGGUAUGGGAUUUAACAUGGGUCCCGGAGCUUUCCCAAACAUGGCUUGGAACAACAAUGGAGGGUUCAACCCGAUGUCCCAGCAGUUCAUGGGCGGCGGCAUGUUCAACUUCCCGAAUCCAAUGGGAAUGCCUGGCAUGGCGAUGGACCCGAUGGCCGCGAAUCAGGGGAUGAUGGGAGGCUUCGGGAUGAAUAUGAAUGGCAUGAACAAUGGCAUGAAUAUGGGCAUGAGUUACGACGCGGGUCAAGGGAUGUACGGGGGAUGGGACGGCUCGCAGAACAAUAUGUGGAAUGGAGGCCAAGAUAAAUUCAAUCCAAAUGCUUUCGCAAAUGGUAUGGGCUCGCAGUAUGGGCCCCAACCUGGAUUUGGCGGAUAUAAUAUGUCUCAACCCAACGGAGUUCAUGCUCAAAUGCAGCACCAGCAGUUCCCUAGCCAAGAUUUCCAGUCCGGCUUCCAGGGCUCUGGUUUUGGCAGAGGUAAUUUUCGAGGUCGCGGUCGGGGCUUCUUCGGUGGUCGUGGUCGAGGCGGUUUUCCCGGCUCCGUGCAGGCUAAUUACCCUCCUAAUGCUAACUACCCAGCUUAUGCGAACCAUAACUCCCCUAGUGUCCAUGCCGACGCAUCCCCGUCUCAGGACGGCGUAUCUCCGGACAUGUCGGGGGAUGCUGCCAUGGCGGACGCAAAGGAGGUUGACGGAGCGGACGAGAAUCAGGGCAGUGAGGAAGCCCACCAGAUCCCGUCCUCCACCGAUGUCCCCAGUGGCGCCGACGGCAAUGCGGAGGGUGUUCCAACCGACGUAGCCGGCGAGGCUACGGGAAUGGAAGAGGACUCCUCUCAACUUCGUGGUAUACCGACUAUCGAUAGCCUCGACGAGGCCAAUGCGCAGGCGAUGUCCGGCGGCCCCAUGGGUAUGAACGGUCCCAUGGGCCCCGGCUUUGGACGAGGUGGCUACAUGCGUGGAUCUUUCCAUGGCGGUGGUCGCGGUGGUUUUGGUGGUCCUUUUAUGCCCCAGCCUAACAUGCACCAAGUCCCUAGGGUCGUCCCCGGCGUUGAAGGUGCCCCUGCCGCGCCUCGAGCCAUGCGCCAGGGGCUUCCUAACACCAGCGUCCUGCGCCAGCGAACUUUCCAAGGACCGGGGCGAUCUCCUAUCCCCAGGCCGGAUGCGUCGCACAGUGCUACACCCGCAGCGCAAGAAGACCAGCAGCAGCAGUUCGAGCCUAACUCGCGGUCCCAAUCUCGCGCGAGAUCUCCAUCGAAACCCCGGGAUCAUUCCCGUUCCCCUGCCCGAUCUCCCUCGCACCAUGACCGCGCCUAUCGUCAACGCUCUGCAAGUGGCGAUAGAAACACCGAUGACUCCGAGCGGAGACGCGAGCGACGCAGAAGGGAGGAGAGACAUGAAGACCAUGCCGCUCCCAGAGAUGACCGGCGCACUCGGUCCCCUUCUGUCGAGUCUCGAAAAUCGUCCUACCGUCGUGAUCGAGCCCGAGACCGACGAAGCGAUCGUCGGUCGCGCCGCUCGCAACGCCACAGUCGCAGCCCCAGUCGCAAUGGUGACUCGCGUGACGCCGACCGUCUCUCAUUAAUCCCCGAAGAAAAAGGCACCAACUCGCGAAGCAGAACCCCGGCUGCCGGGGAUGCCGUGGAGUCUUCGAGCCGACGGUCCGGACGGGAUCGCCCCAGUCGUCGCGAAGAAGAGCGGGAGAGAGAAAAAGAAAGCAGACGUCGCGACCGCGAUCGAAACCGCGAUCGUGACCGUGAACGGGAUCGAGACCGGGAUCGGGACCGCGACAGGUACCGCGAACGAGAGCGAGACCGUGACCGAGAAAGGGACCGGGAUCGCGACCACCGUCGGAGCCGCGAUAAGGAUCGUGAGCGCGACAGGAAGCGCUCUCGUCGCGAUCGCACUGCCUCCCCGGCCGACAGCGAAUACUCCUCGCGCCACCACUCCCGCCGCGUCAAGCGCAGCCGCGACGACGAUCCUCGUCCUAGCGAUCGCGAGCGCACCAAGGACAAACCCAAAACCACCGAAACCGAGAAAGAUCCGCACACCCUCGAGCGAGAAGCCCGCAACCGAGAACGCCUGCUCAAGGAACAGCAGCGGCGCGAAGCCAUGCACGCCGACGGCAGCGGAGGAGGCAGCAAAUCCGGCCGCCGGCGCGACAGUCGCCAGGAGCGAGCCCUCCCCGGCGGUCGACGACUCAGCUACAAGUACGACGACGAGGAGAACGACGAUGCGCGUGCGGCCCGUGUGGAAAACGAGCGCGAGGCCAGCCGUUGGGCAUGAAUGCCCCUUGUCUCUUUCUCUCCCUUCCUUCCUCCCUCCCCCUCCUUUUUCAAGCGUACCAAAACAGCAUAUAGAAAGACGACGCAUAUGUCUGGUCUGGCAUGACGCACCUCUUCCUCCGUUUUGCAUGAGGGAAUGUCUUGGCCUGGAACAAAUUGCCCGGGGUAGAUUUCUGGGACCGACGGAACCAUAUACUACGCCCUUUACGUUCUCUGUAGAUAUCCGGUUUUGUGGGGGAUGGAUAGCUCUAGAUAGGAC